ACCGCGUGGUAUCGCGAGAGUGAAGUGUUGCAAAACAAGUUGUCUGUGUUGAACGUCGGAUGACAUUAAUGAGUGAACCACGGAGGCAGCGUGCUAAAUAUCAUUCAAUAUUAGCACUCGGCAGUGCUAAUACGAUGGGUGAAAGCACGUUUUCUUCACAACGAUACUCUCAGUGAAAGGGCAGGUAGCCAUGAUGGGUGAGCGUGCUGGGAGCGGCCCUGUAACUGGGAUCUCCCCAGUGCAGCAGAUGCUGGCGUCUGGCACAGGGGCUCUCCUCACCUCUCUGCUCGUCACCCCUCUGGACGUGGUGAAGAUCCGGCUGCAGGCUCAGCAGAAGCCCCUCUCCCAGGCCUGCGAUAGAGCCCGUAGGGGUUGUGUCGCCCGUCCCUCCAAGUGGAAGUGCUUCCUGUAUUGCAACGGCCUGAUGGAUCACAUCUACGUGUGUCGAAAUGGGAGCAGCUGCACCAGCCUGUACAGGACACAGACGCACUUCAACGGCACCCUGGACGCCUUCGUGAAGAUCACCCGCCGGGAAGGAGCCCGGGCCUUAUGGAGCGGCCUGCCACCGACACUGGUGAUGGCGGUGCCCGCGACGGUCAUCUACUUCACGUGUUACGACCAGCUGAGGGACGGCCUCCAUUACAGCCUGGGUCUCCAUGGCAGCCACAUCCCGCUCAUCGCCGGCGGCCUCGCUCGACUGGGCGCCGUCACAGUGAUCAGCCCUCUGGAGCUGGUGCGGACCAAGAUGCAGUCCAGGAAGCUGACGUACCGCGAGCUCAACGUGUGCAUCCGUUCGGCCGUGGCGCAGAGCGGCUGGCUGUCGCUUUGGAAGGGCUGGGGGCCCACCGUACUCAGGGACGUCCCCUUCUCAGCACUGUACUGGUUCAACUACGAGCUGGUGAAGGAAUGGCUCCACGAGCAGCACUUCAUCUCCCAGACGGACUUCUCCAUCAGCUUCACAGCGGGAGCCAUCUCUGGAGCGGUGGCGGCUGUCCUCACCCUGCCGUUUGACGUGGUGAAGACGCGCCGACAGAUCCAACUGGGGGAGAUGGAGACGCUGGGAGUUCCCCUGAAGAGGUCCAGCGCCACCUGGCACAUACUGAAGGACAUCUGGGCGGAGUCAGGACACCGCGGCCUCUUCGCCGGGUUCCUCCCCCGGGUGAUCAAGGUGGCCCCGGCCUGCGCCAUCAUGAUCAGCAGCUACGAGUUUGGAAAGGCCUUCUUCCAGGAGAUGAACCUCAGAGAGAAGCGGCGCCCCUGAAGGGCUCCCCUGCUGGCCACAGCGCCCCCUGGUGGCCAUAGGUGGCUCCAACUCCCCUGCAGUCCCUGUCCAAGCCGCUUGUCCCAAUGCUUCACUUCAUCUGGUUGAGGACCAGGAUUGGCUGGAAUGGCUUUGAUUUGAACAGCGUGUGCAAAGCCGCCUUAGCCUGAUCUGUCUAUCUGCACUUCUUUCCUUUUUAUACGGGCGGAACUACGCCAUGCCCUGGUGGGUGAUGGACCGGAGAUAAAAAUGUGAAACACAUUUCCACGUGGUGUUUUGAUGAGCCAAAAGAAUCUGUGUGAUACUUUGGAAACAUCUGCUAGGUUUAUUUAAAGAUGUUUUACAAAGCAGGUAAUUACGCCUGCUUGAGCACACUUCCCGCUAUAAAUAAUAAACAUAAAAUGUGAAAAGUGAAAUUUUUUAACAGACUGCGACCGUUAUGGGUUUAGUCGUGUUAAUUACCAAAUGAUGAACACUGAAUUUGCAUAACUCAUGUAGCAUGAAUUGAUAAUGCGCCAUGUCUUUUGAAACGCUGUUUAAAUGACAUUCAACUGCAUUCACACAACAGACUGCGUUAAGAAUCCUUUAUGACAAAGUAUAAUGUACCAAUAUUGUAAGAAUAAGAGUUUUCUUAUGGCAUUCAGUAUGAUUUUUUUUUAACAUAACAUUGAAUCAAUCUUCAUUGUUUCAUUAAAUUAUUUCACAUUUCAUUGUUUUAAACUGAACAAUCUAAUUGUUUGGUCAAUGGAUUUGAUCAUUUCCAACAUAAGCUGUUAAAUGAAGAAUAUAUAUAUAUAUACACACACACCAUGUAAUUAAUUAAAAGUCUAUAUCAACCUCGGGUGCAUAAGAAUAGAAUAAUGUCCUGGGUAUUUACCAGGUAUCCCAUUUCUGUUGUCAUGGAUACACUAAUGUCAGGGUGACUGAGAUAAAUAUUACAUUGAUUAUUUAACCAUUAUUUCAAUGUUAAUUCUCAGAAUUUAACUAUGGCACACUUUUACGAAAUCUGAGAACUAGUGGUUUACUUUAGUUGUUUAUUUUGUUUAGUUUUCAUUUAAAUCAAAGUAAGGUCCAGAGUUCGGUAUUCAAAAGUUCUGAAGACCACAAAAUAAACGUCUUGCCUUAUAAUAGUGUAUUUUCUUGUCCAAUAAAUGGUCAAAGCUUA